AUGCGCCAACACACCUCUUGCUCUUCAUUCUUUCUAACAUCAUUCUUCCCACGAUUGACACAGAUGACUAGCUAUGAGAAACCUGGCAGGUACCUUCUUUACGUUGCCUUAUACGCCCGAGGAGGCAAGUCCACGAUGCCAGGGCACGAAGACAGAUACCAUUGGGCUUUUAUAGUAGAGCCAGAAGAUGAAACCAAAAAUAGCCAAAGAAAACGCUUCCACGUGAAAAAAAGUCUCAGGCCAUUGGGAGAGCAGCGGACAGCAAAUUCCUAUUGGCACUUUGAAGAGAUUGACAUCUCCACGGACGCACCUUCUAUGAUGCUCACGCGAAUCCUUAUCGGUAAAGUUAAGGACCUAGACCGACUUCGUUUCAGUCUCAGGCGUACACCAAUUCAGCAAGACGUCAAGGCUUGGAACUGGAUCGACUGGGUCGAAGCCGCGUUCUAUGAAAUAACUCAGGAUUACGGCAAUCUGGAAACUUGUGUCACGAAGUGGGAGAUUUUGCGGGACACUGUUAUGCGUUACAUUGAAUUGAAGAAGCUGGCGCAUCGGUUUGAUGGGACGAGAGCAUACGACUUCACAAAGGUACCGACUUGGGAUAUGCUUCAGGGAGCUGAGGUUACACCUUGA